ACCCCGGGCAAAGCGAAUACUCCCCACUACUCCUAAAUUAUUAGUAGUUAAUUCAACACGCCAGCAAUGUUACGUUCGGCCAUCUUGGUUUAGCACGCGGCAAACAUCGAAGCGAGAGGCCGUGUCGCAUCUCAUCCGCGGAGUGAAGAUUUGUGUUUUCGUAAAUAAAAGAUUGAUUUUACGCGAUGGUGAAUAAAUAUAAAAAAAAAACUGAGCAAGGGACGUGGGAUGAAAAUGCUAUGCAAACAGCUAUUAAUUUAUGCAAAGCUGGAGAAUCAAUAAAAAGUACAGCUAAAAAGUAUGGUUUGGCUUAUGCAACCUUGUAUAGGCAUGUAAAAACCGGCAUAGCUGCUUCAAAACUUGGUCGAUUUCGUCCUGUUUUCACUGAAGAGCAGGAAAUAGAGUUGGUGACAUAUCUCAAAGAUAUGGAUUCUGUAUUUUUUGGCUUGACUCGAAAUGAAUUUAAAAAUUUAGCGUACAUCUACGCCAAGAAAAAUAAUUUGAACUAUCCGAAUAACUGGGACAAGUACGAAAAAGCUGGAGAUGAUUGGUUAUCGUCAUUUUUGUCUCGUCACGAUCAAAUAUCCCUCAGGACUCCAGAGGCAACAUCGGUUGCAAGGGCAAAAGGAUUUAACAGACAUGAAGUUGAACGUUUUUAUGAAAACCUUGAAGUUUUAACAGUAAAAUAUGAUAUUGAUGCAUCUAGAUUAUAUAACAUGGAUGAAACUGGUAUAUCUACAACCACAAAUAAGCCGCCUAAAGUGCUAUCAACGAAAGGAAAGAAACAAGUGGGCAUAAUCGCCAGUGCAGAACGUGGUCAAUUAACGACUGUCAUAGGUUGUUGUAAUGCCGCUGGUUCAUUUCUCCCACCAUUCUUAAUUUUCGCCAGAAAAAAGAUGCAACCCAGACUACUUGAUGGUGCGCCUCCCGGCACUCAAGGAACCUGUACUCCAAAUGGCUGGACUUCAGGUGAGGUGUUCUUUGAUUGGAUGCAUUUUUUUGUGGAACAUACCUUUUGUAGAAACUUCUUCAACUCCUUCCCCUUCACUUCUUCAAGAACAGAUCCCAUCAAAUUCAGUAGAUCCUCUAUCAGAAAUAUUUCCAUCUCGAAACAGAACUCCCUCUUCGACGGAUGUACACCUGAAUCAGAACCUGGAUGUUGCCGAAUUAUUUCCGCUUUUGGGCCAGCUAUAGCUGUUCAGAGAAGUGACACAGUGCUCCCAGAGACUGAAAUAAAUAUUCAACAAAAUACUAGCCAUGACAACUCACCUGUUCCGAAACCGGGAUGCUCAGCCUCCCACUGCAGUCCCUUAGUGUUAAGACCUAUUCCAAAUCCUGCCAAACCAAUGACCACGCGUAAACGGAAAUUACAAAAAUCGGAAAUAUUAACCAGUACCCCGAUCAAGAAAGAUCAAAAGCAGAAAUAUGACAAAAAUAAAGUUAAGAAUGUUACUAAAAGACUGAAUGGUAAGUCAAAAAAUGUUUCUAAGAAAACUAAUACAAAGACUGACAAAGACAAAAAGCCUGCUAAAAAGAUUAAACAGCCAAAGAAAAUAAAAGAAUUUAAGGAUAUUUUAUGCUUUUUUUGCGGUGAAAUAUAUAUUGAAGAAGACGGUAAACCAAUUGAAAAUUGGAUUCAAUGUGAUAUUUGUCAUCAAUGGUGUCACGAAGAUUGUUCUGCUUUUGAUGGCACUCAGGGAUAUACCUGUGACAAUUGCCAAUCUUAA